AUGUUCAACAACUCGCAUUCCCUUGGAUUGGACGACAUCGCACGUCGUGCAUAUGGGCACGGUGUUGGAUACCACGCUGUCUUGAUCUGGAGCGACGGGUCUGCCGUGGCGUGCGGCACUCGGAGUGACGGCCCCGCCGUGGCACGCGGCGACAAUGCGACGUGUCAGUGCGACCUCCCUGCGCUGCAUGCAGGCCUCACCUACGCGCAGGUUGCCGCUGGAUCAUGGCACAGCGUUUUGCUCAGGAGCGACGGUUCCGCCGUGACCUGUGGCCUGAAUGAACCUUGUCAGUGCGACCUCCCGGCGUUGCCCGAGGGCGUUGCGUACACGCAGAGCGACGGCUUCGCCGUGGCCUGUGGCAACAAUGUUUUCGGUCAGUGCGAUUUGCCCGUGCUGGUCUCGGGCCUCACUUACAUGCAGGUUGCCGCCGGAUCCUACCGCGCCAUCCUGCUCAGGUGCGACGGCACCGCCGUGGCAUGCGGCUGCAAUGAAGAGGGCCAAUGCGACCCCCCGGCAUUGAUCGCGGACCUCAUCUACGCACAGAUCGCCGCUGGACAGCACUAUUACGCUCCAGUGCGCAGCUGGCACGGUGGCGGAUACCACGCCGUCCUCAUCAGGAGCGACGGCUCCGCCGUUGCGUGUGGCAGUAGUGAAGAUUGUCAAUGCGACCUUCCCGCGCUGAAUGCGGGCCUGACCUACUCGCAAGCUUUCGCUGUUUUUUUCCACGCCGUGCUGCUCAGGAGCGACGGCAUCGCCGCGACAUGUGGCCCGAAUGACAUCGGCCAGUGCGAUCUCCCAGCGUUGAUCGGUGGCCUGACUCAUACGCAGGUUGCCAUAGGGAUGUACCGCACUGUCCUGCUCAGCACCUACGACACCUACGGCACACACGGCACCUACAGCACCUACAGCACCUACAGCACCCACGGCACCUACAACACCUACAGCACCUGCAGCACCCACGACGCCUACAGCACCUGCCGCACAGCAUGUACAAGACCCACGGCACCAACAGCAUCACACCACGGCACCUACAGCACCUACAGCACCCACAGCACCCACGGCACCCACAGCACCUACAUUACCUACAACACCGACAGCACCCACAAGACCUCCCUAUACAGCACAUACAGGACCUACAGCAGCCACGGCACCUACAGCACCCACAGCACCGACGGCACCCACAGCACCUACACCCCCUACAGCACGCACAUCACCUACAGCACCCACGGCACCCACAUCACCUACAGCACCCACAGCACCCACGGCACCUACAGCACCCACAACACAUACAGCACCCACAGCAUCCACAACACCCGUAUCACCUACAGCACCGUCAGCACCUACAGCACCCACGGCACCUACCGCACCCACAGCACCCACAACACCUACAUAACUUACAGCACCCACAGCACCCACAGCACGUACAGCACCUACAGCACCUACAGCACCCACAGCAACUGCAUUCCACCUACAGCACCCAGCACGUUCAGCACCUACCGCACUUACAGCACAUACAGCUAUUGCAGCACCCACAUCAACUACAGCGCUUGCAGCACACACAGCAACUGCAGCACCCAGAACACACACUGCACCAACAUCACCUACAGCACCUACAGCACCUACGGCACAUACAGCACCCACGGCACCCACAGCACCUACCGCACCUACAGCACCCGCGGCGCUUACUGCAUUUUCACUAACCACAGCACUUGCAGCACCCACUGCACCCACAGCACGUAA